CUCGGCCGCCUCAGCAUUCCCCAAUAAGUUCACAACUCACAAGCUAAACGAUUGUCGAUUCAAAAAUGGAGCAAAGCAAAGGCAGGAGAGUCAUCCUCUUCCCACUACCCUACCAAGGGCACAUAAACCCUAUGCUACAACUGGCCAACAUUCUGCAUUCCAAAGGCUUCUUCAUAGCCAUCCUCCACACCAACUUCAACUCCCUCAAUCCUUCAACCCUAAACACAAACUUCACCUACCAUUCAAUCCCUGUUGACUUGACAGAAAACGAAGCCUCCAUCAAGGAUCCCACCCUUCGUCUUUCUAUUCUAAAUGCUAAAUGUGUUGAGCCUUUCAGAGGAUACUUGGCCGGGUCGUUAUCCGACGAUGUUAAUUCGGAGGACCCCAUUGCAUGCUUGAUCUCGGAUCCUAUCUUCGACUUCACUCGGUCGGUUGCAGAGAGCUUUAAGCUGCCGAGGAUCGUGUUAAGGACCGGGGGUGCCGCUUCCUCGCUGUUUAUGCUGCAUUUCCACUUCUCAAGGAAAAGGGUUACCUACCAAUAUCAGUCCUCGACAUCUACGUGUUCCCACAAGGCAUUCUGUUGUUUUGUUGUUCGACAUGAGAAGGAAUGAAGGCAAAAGACAAAGUGAUAAAUGGGAGGUACACUAAAAAAGAAUGACUAUGACCUUGCAUCUAAUAAUAAUAUCAAAGGAUGAGAGGAUGUCUCCCAUUCCUCUCUAUCUCAUUCCAACUCAUCUUGUAAUCUCAUGCAUUCAGACAACACUCACAAUACACACACACAUUCAAUAAAUUAAAUAUAAUUAAUUAGCAUAAGCAUAUGGACAUUCUAAUUGUAACAUAUAUGUAAUAUGCACUAUUUUAAGGGGUGUGCUAUCCACACACCCUUUUUUACUUCUCACACACCCCUUGUUAAUUUAUGUC